CAAGAAUAACGUGAUCAUAAUAAAUGAUCAGAGUCAUUCUGGGAGAGUCAAGGAUAGACAAAACAAUUGCUGGCAUAGGCCAGAAAUAGCGCGCGCCUUUUACAGCUGUUUAAGCGGUGCCUUUGUGAGACAGCGACAUGUGAAAUUUACCUCUGUAAAGAAACCGAAAAUGCGCACAGCCAGUGAAUCUACAACGGUGGAGUUAUGCGCGCAGUAAGCGUGGGAACGCCGUGUGCAAGAUUUUCUCACUUUCGACUUUAUCUCCGCUCGGAGAAGUCCUUUUUCGAGAAGGCUCUACAAUUGAGUAUACAGAUAAGUCUAAAUAACGAGAGGAAAUCCCAGUAUAUCGAAAGAUGGGAAAGCGGAAAUCAAGCCAGAGCCGGGUGGCCCGCCAACCAAAGAUUGCUAGGCCUAGACAGUCUACAAGAUUAAGGCAGUCUAGCAACGACACCACUCAAGACGUACUCGGCACCUCAACUCCCCGGCGGGCGGGGCGGCCAAAACGGGCGAGGCACUCGAGCGGUAACCCCAACAGUGGACGCUCAGCCACUACCAGCAUAAACCCGGCUCCGGAGACUGACGGACCACAAUACAGUGGAAACGAGACAACUGGAGCGAACCAGUCAUCAAGCCAGCCGCCUUCACAUGCACAGCCAAUGCAAGAGACAACCGGCGACAGGAUCUGGAUCGUAGGCGACAGCUUGGUCAGACGUGCCAAGCAGAGGGCGAACAUGCUCAACCACCAAGAUUUGGGAAGAGCAAGAGGGACGGUCCAAUGGCACGGUCAGGGAGAAGCGACGUUACAAGACCUUCCGCGCCUGGUGGAGAAUAGGUUGAGAUACAACCAACGAGCACCUGCGCUAGUAAUCGUGCAUUUAGGAACAAAUAACUUGGGCCUGAAUGAUGCCUGCCAAUGCAGAAUCGCGAUCGAUAUGGCUCUUCAAAUUUUACGGACAGCCAUGCCUCGUACGCACAUCGCCUGGUCGACCAUCAUCCCACGUCUAUUCUAUCAUAGCAGUCGUGGUUAUCGAACAUUACAAGACGCCAUGGAUGGGGUCAGGAAAUCGCUCAACAAGUACGCGAGGAGAUUAAUAGCCCGGCUGCCGAAUGCGUCAGUUAUUGCUCAUUAGUUGGAUCCAUCCAAUUACAGUUUAUUUUUAAGAGAUGGGGUACACCUGUCCGACAGAGGAUCCGACGCUUUCAUCGAUAAUUUCCAAGAAGGAAUAGACUCGGGCUUGGGUAUAUAUGAAUAGAAUAUUUAUAUUCACGGAAACGGGACAAUAACACUAAUUCGGCUAUUAAUGAGCCUUGUGGAAUUUCGGACAGACUGGGUUCGAUGUGAUAAUGGAAUUAUUAUAACACAAGAAGUUGAGGAAUAGCGUGUUGUAACGUGAGUUACAUAUUCAGAUAUAUACGCCUUCAUUUUUGGGAUUCACAUUAAAUUUGAAAUUUAUUUAAUUGCUGAUAAAUUAGAACCAUAUUUAAAUUAAUGAUUGAUUUUGAUGUACUAGUAUACAUCAUACAUAAUUGUUAAGCUAGCAGAGGGUGGAGUCAGAGUCACUCGGUCGCACAGUAGCUUCAGAACUACAAAGUGGGCCAUAGGGGAAUUUUCCCCGACAAAGGAAAUAUAAUUAUUUUGCUCGUUAAAUUAAGCCACAAUGGCAAUAUUGUCGGGUUUUCGCCUCUAUCACUGUCUGGCUAGCAGCAAGAAUAAUAAUAUAAGAUUACAAUAUGUAACGGAUUGAAUCCAUGAGAAAUACAUGAAGUAUGAUACAUGUCAUAUUAAUAUUUAGUGAAACAGCAUGGGUCCAUAGAUGGUAUUAGGAAGCAACCAUGGCAAACCACGCCCAACCCCCCCCCCCUCCCCCCCCCCCCCCCCCCCACAAAAAAAAAAAAAAAAAAAAUGUGGGUGGAGGAUUUCUUUUACUCGUGAUUAUUCCAUGGUUGGUUCCGAUUAUCACCACUUCUUAUAUAUGCGCUGGUAUAGUAGCACCGGGAUAACAUUGGGGAUACUGCAGGAGAUACUAUCCUGUCGGUGGGUCACGUAAACCCCAGGUAUCUGGGGUGAUCGGAGGGAGUUACUACCCUUCCGCUGAUCGCGUGACUCGAGACCCCACAAAUAUAGUGUUUCCAUAACUAUGUUAGUUAUGCAUUGAUGAUUUUGUGAGUAUUGAAAAGUUGUGGGGAUCAUCCGUAGGAGAUACUAUCCUACCGGCAGGUCACGUAAACCCCAGGGACCUGGGGUGAUCGGAGGGAAUUACUAUCCUUCCGCUGAUCGCGUGACUCGAGAUCCCACAAAUAUAGUGUUUCCAUAACUAUGUUAGUUAUGCAUUGAUGAUUUUGUGAGUAUUGAAAAGUUGUGGGGAUCAUCCGUAGGAGAUACUAUCCUACCGGCAGGUCACGUAAACCCCAGGGACCUGGGGUGAUCGGAAGGAGUUACUAUCCCUCCGCUGAUCACGUGACCGGAGAUCCCUACAAUUUUGAGUUUCACUCAUGGUACAUGUACCCUUAAGAUUGUUGAAUCAUAUCACGUUUAUACAUUAUUGUCGAAUUGUUUAUGGUGGACCCUCUUUAUUGUGGUUAUAAGAUUUUGUUAUUGCUUUUAUGCAUGUUACUUGUUUUACUUUGACUUUCCUACUUUACAUGUUUUGAGGAAAAGGACUCCUAGUUUCGGAGCGGAAUAAAUGUCGAGCAAACUGCAAAUCAGUCUAAAGUUGUCUUCUUCCUAGAAUAACGUGAUCAUAAUAAAUGAUCAGAGUCAUUCUGGGAGAGUCAAGGAUAGACAAAACAAUUGCUGGCAUAGGCCAGAAAUAGCGCGCGCCUUUUACAGCUGUUUAAGCGGUGCCUUUGUGAGACAGCGACAUGUGAAAUUUACCUCUGUAAAGAAACCGAAAAUGCGCACAGCCAGUGAAUCUACAACGGUGGAGUUAUGCGCGCAGUAAGCGUGGGAACGCCGUGUGCAAGAUUUUCUCACUUUCGACUUUAUCUCCGCUCGGAGAAGUCCUUUUUCCCCGGCCCACCCACCCCUCUUUAGUUUAAGUAGAGUUGAAGAAGUAAACUACUUAAAAUUGAUUGAGGAUUAACAAAUUGGAAGUACAAUGUUGUUUUGAGUGAUAUAACGAAUUGUAUGUACUUAAUAUCAUGGUAACACGGGGGUUGACUGGGGGAGGAUUUCUUUUACUCGUGAUUAUUCCAUGGUUGGUUCCGAUUAUCACCACUUCUUAUAUAUGCGCUGGUAUAGUAGCACCGGGAUAACAUUGGGGAUACUGCAGGAGAUACUAUCCUGUCGGUGGGUCACGUAAACCCCAGGUAUCUGGGGUGAUCGGAGGGAGUUACUACCCUUCCGCUGAUCGCGUGACUCGAGACCCCACAAAUAUAGUGUUUCCAUAACUAUGUUAGUUAUGCAUUGAUGAUUUUGUGAGUAUUGAAAAGUUGUGGGGAUCAUCCGUAGGAGAUACUAUCCUACCGGCAGGUCACGUAAACCCCAGGGACCUGGGGUGAUCGGAGGGAAUUACUAUCCUUCCGCUGAUCGCGUGACUCGAGAUCCCACAAAUAUAGUGUUUCCAUAACUAUGUUAGUUAUGCAUUGAUGAUUUUGUGAGUAUUGAAAAGUUGUGGGGAUCAUCCGUAGGAGAUACUAUCCUACCGGCAGGUCACGUAAACCCCAGGGACCUGGGGUGAUCGGAAGGAGUUACUAUCCCUCCGCUGAUCACGUGACCGGAGAUCCCUACAAUUUUGAGUUUCACUCAUGGUACAUGUACCCUUAAGAUUGUUGAAUCAUAUCACGUUUAUACAUUAUUGUCGAAUUGUUUAUGGUGGACCCUCUUUAUUGUGGUUAUAAGAUUUUGUUAUUGCUUUUAUGCAUGUUACUUGUUUUACUUUGACUUUCCUACUUUACAUGUUUUGAGGAAAAGGACUCCUAGUUUCGGAGCGGAAUAAAUGUCGAGCAAACUGCAAA